AUGUUGGGCUCCAUGAUAUCCAGAAUUAAACAAGAAGAGGACAGGAUCGUUCACGGAAGCAGGCUCAGCGUUGGGAACGGCAGAGACGCCAUUGACGACGUAAUCGCCAACAGCGGGAUAGACAUCGACAAGGUGGAGGCCAUGGUAGACGUGCCCUCUUUUGGUGGCCGGAGUGUGUACGGUAGCGUCGGGGGAAAUAAAAGUUAUCAUAGCUCUAGUAUCUGUAGCGGUAGGAUUCACGGCGGAAGGCGAACUGACCCAAGGGGGCAACGCCCUCAAAACCGCGCUGCCGGUGGAGCCGGGGUUCGCUCGCACAACCAGCAAUCCUCUCGUCGUGGCACUUUUGAUCCGCGUCGUGCUUAUUCUUCCCACCGAGUGAGGACCCCGGCUUAUCAGAAUGUCGUUGAUGCGACUCCCAAAACGCCACUGUACCUCGAUUCAAGGCAGCCAACCAGCCCGGUCUACCGACCAGAGGCUUCCACAAGCGCAUUGUAUUCGCCUUCGUACCGUUCUGGUUCUUCGUUCUCUCCCAUGAGCCCGGUUUACACUCCAAAGAGCCCUGCAUACAACCCCGCAGUGGGAGCCCAGAGGGGCGCGACGUUGUCUCCCAUGAGCCCGGUUUACACUUCAAACCCUGUGGUCGGUGUCCGAAUGUUUUCUCCCAUGAGCCCGGCUUACACUCCAAAGAGCCCUGCAUACAAUCCUGUGGCGGGUGUCUCUAAUAAGCUCCAGGUGUUCUCCCCUUGCUAUGCCGGAACUGCGUACACUGCCACCAAUCCAUCCGUCGUAUCGGGUAAGAUGUCGCCAUGCUAUGAGUCCUCCGCACCAAGCCAGAGCCAUAGAAGCAAGAGAAAAGCCACGCGAGAGGCCUCCUCAGCGGGUGCAAAAAGAAGCAAAGACGGACCUCUCCCGUCGGUCAAGAAAGUCACCUUCAAAAUUGACCAGACUUGUCAGAAAAAAGAUGGAGGCACGAGUAACCAAUGGAGCCAAAUGGAGGGGAAAGUGUCUGUAAAGAAGCUACGCGAACCGAACCAAAUGCGCAGCCUGGAUGUAGUCAGCUCUAGUAGCCCCUCGAAAUGUAAUAGUGCCCAGGAUGGAAGGGUGGAGUAUGAUCCAUGCCAACCACAAUUCAGUCCAAGCUACGACCCAGAUCCAUAUUUUAACUUACGAGAGUACAACCCAGUCUUUCCCUCUUGCUUUGACUAG